AUGACUGGAAAGGACUUGUGCUUUAGUCUACUGGUGUGGGUAUCUUCGUUAUCUGGGGUGUCAAACUCGGUAUCCGCAAACCACCUUGUCUUGAGGCAUCACCUCAAUCACCACCUACAAAAUGUUCCUGCCAAUGUGAUCAUGUUGAUGAGUCGACAGGGCCAACCUUCUGUGCUAAAGGACAUGAUCAAAGAUAUAUUUCAGACAGCAGUUUUAUGUGGCUACAAUUUGAAUGAUGCCUUAGCAACCCAAACACAGGCAGAGAUAGUGCUUACCGUCCAAAACCUUCUACAAGACAAUGUGUUCCUAAACAGAGAUAUCAAGGUGGGAGGACAGACUAUAACUGUACCCUUUGCAAACAAAGUGGUGCAAUGUUUUAUGCAGCACGUGCUGUUCCACCAAUUUAACCUCCAACAAUAUGUCAACUCUGGCAGAAACCUUAGGACAUUACUUGCAUUCAUCGGGACAUUGUUUGAGUGGGUGUUGGAAGAAUUGUCUACUGGUAUUUUCAUCUCCAAUGACUUUGACCUGCCCGGCGCCAGGAUAGCUUUCAACAACAAGCUAAAUGAUGUCUAG